AUGGAAAACUACACAUUGAACAGCUAUUACCUGCAGCUCGAGAGCCUGAAUGUCUCAGAGGCAUCCAAGUAUCCAGUCUUUUUCCUUUUUCUAUUUAUAUACCUGCUCAUCAUGCUUACCAAUGUUGGCAUUUUAGUGUUGAUAAUCAUAGACAGAAACCUCCAUCAGCCCAUGUACCUGCUGUUUUGCAACCUGUCGGUCAGCGAUGUGAUUGGUAACACAUACAUGAUUCCCCGUCUGCUGUCAGACAUCCUGAAGCCCCCUUCUGAGCGCCUCAUCAGUUACUACGAGUGUGUGCUUCAGGCUUUCACCUCUCACAUGUUUGGUACCACCUCCCACACUGUGCUCAUGAUUAUGGCCUUUGACAGGUAUGUGGCCAUCUGUUACCCUCUGCGAUAUGCCAACAUCAUGACCAACAGGAUGGUGCUGAAGCUGACUGUUUUUGCCUGGGGGGUGGCCUUUGUUUUGGUGAGCAUUCUGCUCGGUCUGACAAUCCGGUUGAACCGAUGCAGGACUCUGAUCUCAAACUCAUACUGUGACAACGCCUCACUGUUUAAACUGUCCUGUGAGAGUGUGGUCAUCAACAACAUCUACGGCCUCACCUUCACCGUGGUCCUCCUUACCUCUUCCAUCGGAUGCAUGGUCCUCACCUACACCAGCAUCAGCGUGGUCUGUCUGACCAGCAAGAACAAGUCUUUGAACAGCAAAGCCCUGAAGACCUGCAGCACUCACUUAGUGGCGUAUUUCCUUAUGUUUGCCUGUGGAAUGAUCAACAUUUUGUUGCAUCGCUUCCCUGAGUACAGUUAUUACAGGAGCAUCACUGCUUUCAUGUUUCAUAUCCUCCCUGGCACUCUCGACCCCAUCAUUUACGGGGUACAGUCCAAAGAAAUCCGACAUUUUUUGUCAAAGUUGUUAAUGUCCAAAAAGGUUGUGUCCCGUUUCAGGUAAUGUGUAAGUAUAUAUAAUAUUGAGUUAUCUAUAAAACUUUUUCUAUGUGUGAAAAGCAUGGCUAAAAAAUGUUGCAUAUCUUGGUUGAGUCAGUUACUGCUUGUAAGUGAAUUUGUGUACUUGAUGGGUAGAGUUCGGUUUUGGCUCUAAUGAUUCCUUUGACAUGUUUUGCAUAAGAUAUGCUCCUAACAUAUCCUGCUUUGUUAUUCAUCUAAAACUGUUGUAAUCUGGAAAAAAUCAAUCAAUCUGUUUUUCCAUCUUUUUUGUAUUUAUUUGUGUGUUCGUUUGGUGUCUGGUUUUAUUAAACCAAAAAAUGUGUUUCUACAAUAAACUUGUAAAUUAGAGUGUAACAAAAUGCAGACUAAAGUGUAAAUUAACCUGUUUUAG